UCCCCUUCCUUUCCUUUCUGCUGAGCUGUCGAAAACGCUGCCAUUAACCUUUUGGAAUAAAUGGGAAAAAACACAGCGCGACAACAAAGAGCGUUUUAAUAAUGGCUUAGGUAUGCAGCGCGCAUACAGGGACACUUCGCAGUAGGUAAGUCUAGUUUACUUAAUACGAGUCAACAUGUACGAGCCGGACACGGCCGCUAUCCUUCCCGGCGACGGGGGACCGCAAGCCGACGACGCGAACUUAUCACUGGGCCACGAAGAGGACACCGGGGCGCCGACCUCUCGGCCUGUGGGGCCGCCGACCUCUCGGCCUGCGGGGCCGCCGUUCGCGUGCCCGCUUCCGGUGACCGUGGAGCCCGUCAUGUUCCUGUCCGUGUUUGCCGUGGUCCUACAGGCGCCGCUGACCACUCAGUACCUGUGGGACCGAAUUAGCGAAGACCUGGGCUACAAUGUCUCCAAGAGGUCGGAGUGCGGCAACAGCUCCGUGGAGCCCGACGCUCUUCAGAAGGAGGUUGAAACCUUGACAGCACACUGGAACCUCUACAUCAGUCUCGCGGGCUUCUCCGUCGGCUUGCUGGUGGUGCCGCUCCUGGGCUCGUGGAGCGACUUUGCAGGUCGCAGGCCGCUCCUUAUCAUCCCCAACUUGGGUCUGGCCAUGCAAGUGGUGGUCUACCUGUUGGUGAUGUACCUCAAGCUGCCUGUGGCAUACUUCCUUGUGGGUAGACUGCUCAGUGGACUUUCCGGGGAUUUCAACUCCAUCCUAGCCGCCUGCUUUGCGUAUGUGGCCGACACGAGCGACAGAAGAGCCCGCACUUUCAGGGUGGCGGUCCUGGAGGCUUGUAUUGGUCUCUCAGGAAUGUUUUCCAGCAUCAUUGGAGGGCACUGGAGGCAGAUGCAAGGCUACAUCAACCCCUUCUGGUUGGUCCUGUCUACCAGCCUGGCGUCGGCUUUGUAUGUGUUCCUGUUUGUCCAAGAGUCUGUCGUGAAAGACCCUAGUGCCAAGCUUCUCACCGUUCGCCACCACAAAGCCGUGUGGCACAUUUUUUCCACCGUGGGUAGUGAGGGCGGCGGAAGGGUUCUGAGAUACAAGCUGUGGCUCUACAUGCUUUGCUUCUUCCUGGUGGUGGCCGUCCACAUCGGGAGCCGCGAGCUUUACGUUCUGUACGAGCUGAGCCCGCCUCUGUGCUGGGGGCCGACACUCAUCGGAUAUGGAUCAGCAGCUCUGCACUUGGGCUACCUGAGCAGCCUGCUGGGGUUGAAGGUUAUGCUGUGCUGGUUGGAGGACUCGUGGGUGGCCGUCAUUAGUCUGGUCUCCAACAUCACCGGGCUGCUGGUUUUCUCUGUAGCGAACAGCACUCUACUUAUGUUUACAGGUUAUGGUUCGUUGUUUUUCUUUAUGGCUGCUACACCUGUUCUCCGGUCCAAGCUGUCUAAGUUGGUGAGCCCGUCUGAACAAGGUGCCCUGUUUUCGUCCGUGGCCUGUGUGGAGAGCUUGUGUUUCCUAGUGGGAAGUGGCCUCUUCAACUCUAUCUAUCCAGCCACACUGCACUUCAUGAAGGGCUUCGCCUUCCUCUUUGCUGCCAUCAUCCUCCUCAUCCCAGCUGGAAUAAUUGGGAGCUUGCAAUGUUUCGAGAAGAAAGAGCGUAGUGACUCCACAGCAUCCUGACCUGCACAGUCAGACCACGAAUAAAUACCAAAGAUGUGAGGUUAAUCCUGUGGGUGUGUGUAGGGUGAACAUCUCGAACAGAUCAGAUGAUUAUGAUUCUGAUUCUGAUUCUGAACAGGGACAUGGGAUCAGUUUAGUGAUGGGAGUUCACCCCAAAAAAUAUUCUGCUAAUGCAAAAAGACAACAAAAGGAAAACAAAUUUGGUUUAUGCUUUUAUUUCUUGGCUUAUCCAUGUAAAUCAAUGAUAAUCAAAGUGCAAACCAGUUAUUCUUAAUUCAGUGUAAUUUUCAUAUUUUUCAAUAGUUGUCCAAAGCAAACAAAUGCAAUAUCUAAGAAAUUUUCAUUUUUAUCCGUCCACCUUUUUACAAAGCAAACAAAUGCUAUGUUAUACAAUUUUAAUCUGUCCAUUUUUUUAAUAAUAGUCUGAAGUAAACAAAUGCAAUACCAACUGUAAUGCCAUUUUAAUCCGUCCAAUUAGCUGACACUCUUCAGCUGACAAUAAUGAAUGAAUGAAAUAUAUUUACUUGAGCAAACUUUUUCUGAAUGUUAUGCAAAUACCUCAGCACACCUGUCACCUUCUCUCAAACACCUAAAAGGUCUUGUUCAAGUUUAUAUAUGUGGAUCAUCAAUGGACUUUAGUUCAACUCCACUAACCUAAAUAUUGUAUGAUUAAAAAUUAUCUCACAUUAUUGAUUUCAAUAAGUUCUGUCUUUUACUUAAUGAGAUCACCUAAUAAUAAAUUAUAUUUUGAUACAGAUACAUCUCGAAUUAAUGUCCAAUUGAAUUCUAUUGUAAUAUACUUGGCUACAUCCUUUUCUUACUCCGGUAUCAUGUCAUGCCAUUCCACACAUAGGCUAAAUAGUGGUUACCUUCCUAUUUAAAGACAAAUCCAUAGGGGUCAAUUCAAUAUUUUAACCUAUAGAAUUUAAUACAAAUUUACUAAAAAUUAACAUGAAAAUCAGGCUUUGCUUUGGACUUGUGGCUCAGCAAAAUGAUUUUAAAAAUCAAUUUUAAAAUCAUUUUCAAAAAAAGUUCCAAGCACUGACCCUAUGACAAAAGGAUGAGAUUUCAAGAAAGAACUCAUAGCAAAGUAUGAAAAUGGCAGAUGCCUACUACCCCCGACACCCCCCAAAAAAAGAAAUCCUCACCAUCUUUCAUACACCAUCAAGAGUCUUCACAAAAGAUAAGUAUGUUUAAUGUUCUUUUUUCAAUUGUUUUGGUCAUUGAUAUUUACUUCACAUUAUUUUCAGUAUGUUAAACUUUAGGUAUUUUCUUGAAAAUGUAUUUUUUGCUCUUAUUUUUGGGUAGCCACUAUUGUGGUUUUCUUGUCAGUCUUUUAUUGAUUGGUUGCUUAUGUCAGUUUCAAGUUAUUUCAGUGACCGUAGUGGGUUUUUGUCUUUUUUCAUUCUUCAUUCAUUCUUGAACAGAAGGGUACCAACAGUUUAGCCUGAGUGUGUAUGUGAAAUGAAUAAUUGACAUCAGAAAAAGGGGAACAGUGUAAAGCAGGGUUUACUGUUUACGACUUGAAGCAAAACAGAUGGUCCAACACUGGAUAGUCCCUGAGCACACAGCCACACACAACAUGGAGCCGGGGGUCACAUCCUAGAUGCCCCGAGAUCUGCUUUAAAAUGCACCAAGGCAAGAGUCGAGGUUAAUCGUCAUAUUGGUUUGUUUGGAUUGGGCUGCGUGUGUUCUACUGAAGUCUGAAGACAAAUCUUUUUAAGCUGCAUCCUAUUCGUUGUAUCAUUUGAAUGCAAAAUAGUUAUGUUUACAAUGAUCACGUAUCAGGUUUACAAUUAGAAUAUUUCUAUUUGUUGUUUUAGUAACGCAAUCUUUGAUGUCCAUUUCAAAGCAUACAUUGCUCAAAUUGUGUGAUUAUUACUUUUUUUUUUUUUGUCAUCUUUGUUGUUGUUUUUUUAAUAAUAAAACAAAACAACACAAUUCAGAGAUUCAUGUUUUUCCUUGGACUGAGUUUUGCAGAAUCACAUUGUAACUCUACAGUCUGCAUCAUGUGUCAAUAAUUGUAAAUGCAAAAUAAUGCUCAACAGAA